AUGAAUGAAAUUACGACUAAUUUAUCGGUUGUAUUGCACGGAAAAAAUGAUUUAAGAUUACAACAAACACCAGUCCCUCACAAAUUAGAGCCAUUUGGUAGUUGUGGAAUAUGUGGAACUGAUAUUCAUUUAUGGAGUGAGGGAUAUGUGGCAGACUUUAUAGUGGGUAACCCCUACGUGAUUGGCCACGAAUCCAGUGCUAUAGUGGUUGCCGUCGGAGAUAGGGUAGAAAACUUAAAACCUAGGGAUAGAGUGGCUGUAGAGCCAGCUAUCCCUUGUCAUGAGUGUGACAUUUGUCGCUCCGGUCGCUACAACUUGUGUCCACUUUCUAAUCUACAAUCGCGUGGUUUACCACCGAUGGACGGAUGUCUCCAGCAAUAUUACACUCAUCCGGCACUUUUUUGCCACAAGCUUUCAGAUAAUGUAUCGGCAGAGGAGGGAGCGAUGUGUGAGCCGUUUGCAGUGGUAGUACACGCGGCCCGAAGAGUUCAAUUGAGUGCCGGCCAUAAUGUGUUGGUGUGUGGGGCCGGUACUAUCGGUCUAAUGAGUUUGCUUUGUGCCAAAGCUUUCGGUGCAAACAAAGUAUUUGUAACUGAUGUCAGGAAAAGUCAAUUAGAUUUGGCCAUAAAGUUGGGCGCAGACAAGACAUAUCUGAUUGAUUUAAAACAAUUUAAUCACUUAGAAAUGGCCCAAACUAUUAUCACAGAUAUGGGAACAGCUCCAGAU